AUGGCGGUACGGAAGAAAGACGGCGGCCCGAAUGUCAAAUAUUUUGAAGCUUCUGAUACAGUCUCUCAGUUUGAUAAUGUGCGCGUCUGGCUGGGAAAGAAUUACAAAAAGUACAUCCAAGCAGAGCCCCCAACCAACAAGUCCCUGUCCAGUCUUGUGGUCCAGCUACUCCAGUUUCAAGAGGAGGUGUUUGGUCAACAUGUCAGCAACCCCCCACUCACCAAGUUGACUAUGAAAUCCUUUUUGGACUUCAAAGCUGGAGGCGCUCUUUGCCACAUCUUGGCGGCUGCCUACAAGUUCAAGAGUGACCAAGGAUGGCGCAGGUUUGACUUCCAGAACCCGUCCAGGAUGGACCGAAAUGUAGAGAUGUUCAUGACGAUCGAAAAGUCCUUAGUGCAGAAUAACUGCUUGAGUCGGCCAGUGAUCUACUUGAGUUCUGACAUUGAGCCAAAACUGCUGGGGAAGCUGAAAGACAUCAUCAAGAGACAUCAGGGCUCAGUGACAGAGGACAAAACCUCCAGCUCCCACAUUGUUCUUCCAAUUCCCAGCAGCUUGGAAGAAGAGGAGUGGGUGCGCCCUGUGAUGAAGAGAGACAAGCAAGUGCUCCUUCAUUGGGGAUAUUUUCCUGACAGCUAUGACACCUGGAUUCCUGCUAGCGAGAUUGAAGCCUCUGUGGAAGAUGCCCCCAGCCCAGAGAAGCCUAGGAAGGUCCACGCGAAGUGGAUUUUAGACCUGGACCAGUAUAACGAGUGGAUGAAUGAGGAGGACUACGAAGUGGGAGAAAGUCUUCCAAAGAGGAAGAGGAUAUCGGCCAAAACUCUUACAGACGAGGUGAUCACCCCGGACGAGCGAAGAGACAAAAAGCCUGUCGGUGCCAAGAAGAGGAAGCGCUCGCCUUCUCCGUCUCCCACACCGCCGCCACAGGAGAGCAAGAAAAAGAACGCUAAAAAAGGGCCGACGACCCCAUACACUAAAUCCAAACGGGGCCAGAGGGAAGAGGAACAAGAGGAUCUCAGUAAAGAUUUGGAUGACGCAUCACCUGUUCCAGCAUCUGAAGAUGGAAAUGCAGCCAAAACAAAUAGCACCAAGAAGGAUUCUGAUUCAACACCUGUCAAGGGAGGAGCAGAUAUAGACGAGCAAGAGGACGAGUCCAUGGAAGUAACAGGAAAGGAGGAGGAAGAGGGUUCUCCGAGUGUUAAGGGGGAGCCUGUUAAAGGCUCAGACCUUCACGAAGACAACGUGACAGAGCAGACGCAUCAUAUCAUCAUCCCUAGCUACGCUGCCUGGUUUGACUACAAUAGCGUUCAUGCUAUUGAGCGCAGAGCCCUUCCAGAGUUCUUCAAUGGGAAAAAUAAAUCUAAAACCCCAGAGAUCUACUUAGCGUACAGGAAUUUCAUGAUCGAUACUUACCGACUAAAUCCUCAGGAGUACCUCACCUCCACCGCCUGCCGCAGGAACUUAGCUGGAGAUGUCUGUGCAAUCAUGAGAGUCCACGCCUUCCUGGAGCAGUGGGGACUGAUCAACUACCAGGUGGACUCUGAGAGUCGGCCUACACCCAUGGGCCCCCCACCCACUUCCCACUUUCAUGUCCUUGCAGACACUCCGUCCAGUCUGGUGCCGUUACAACCCAAGACAUCCCAGACUCCUGCGCCUCAGCAGAUGAUGUCCUUCCCAGAUAAAGUGAAGGAUAAACCAACUGACCUGCAGAACUUUGGGCUACGGACUGACAUGUACAGCAAGAAAAUGGGGUCUUCCAAGAGCAAGAGUGCAGCAAGCUCUAUGAGGGACUGGACAGAGCAGGAAACACUAUUACUUCUAGAGGGACUGGAGAUGUACAAGGACGACUGGAACAAGGUGUCGGAGCACGUCGGCAGCCGCACGCAGGAUGAGUGUAUCCUGCACUUCCUUCGUCUGCCCAUCGAAGACCCCUAUCUGGAGGAAAGCUAUUCAUCCCUGGGACCACUGGCAUACCAGCCGGUGCCUUUUAGCCAAGCAGGAAACCCCGUAAUGAGCACAGUUGCGUUCCUCGCCUCUGUAGUGGACCCCCGUGUAGCCUCAGCAGCAGCGAAAUCUGCUCUAGAGGAGUUCUCUCGAAUGAAAGAGGAAGUUCCUGCAGCCCUGGUUGAGGCUCACGUGCGGCGGGUGGAGGAGGCGGCGAGGGUCAGCGGGCGGCAGGACCCUCUGUAUGGCCUCGAAGGGAGCGGCAUCGCUGGCACUGGCCUGGAGGAAGGCGAGAAACCAGAUGAAAGCAAUGACGAUAGUAAGAGUGACAACCAAUCAAAUGAAGAAAAGAGGGAUGCCAAGGACAGCAAAGAUGGAACAGGCGAGGAAGAAGAUAAAGUAGCUGAGAAUGGGAAGAAAGAAGAGGAGAGGGGAAGAGAAACUGAAGGCGAGGGGGAAGCGGACAAAGCCGAGUCUGAGAUGGGUGAUGGUGAUAAGGAGAAAGAUGGAAAAGAUGGUGAGGAAGGACAAAGAGAAGCUGAGGGUGAGGGAGAAAAGAAGGCCAAGGUAGAACGGGACGUGGGUGAGGGCAAUCUGGCCACCGCCGCUGCUUCUGCACUGGCGGCGGCAGCAGUCAAAGCUAAGCACUUGGCUGCAGUGGAGGAGAGGAAGAUCAAAUCGUUGGUGGCACUGCUGGUGGAGACCCAAAUGAAAAAACUAGAGAUCAAACUGCGACACUUUGAGGAACUGGAAACAAUCAUGGAUAGAGAGAGGGAGGCUCUGGAGUACCAGCGACAGCAGCUUCUGGCUGACCGGCAGUCAUUCCACAUGGAGCAGCUCAAGUACGCCGAGAUGAGAGCUCGCCAACAGCACUUCCAGCAGAUCCAACAUCAGCAGCACAGCCAAGCCGGGGGUCCUCAUCCCCCUCAGACGGCUUCGGGCUCCCAAGGCUCGGCCGCGGGUCAGCAAUCUGCCAGCACUCCGCAACCGGCCCGCAGCCCCGCACCAUCGGCCUCCGUGGGGCCCGGCGUGGAGUCCCAAACUCCUCCAGGUGCCCGCGCAUCACCCCCGGGCCCGCCGGUGACUGGCCACUCCGCCUCAAGCAGCGCCGCUGCACACCACGAGGCCAACACUCCUGUACCCACCGAAACACUUCACCCCUCUGCUCCAGUUCCGCCUCCACAGUGA